AUGAAGGCGCACUCACGCCUCCUAAAGCAAGGCCUGGACGGGAAUCCGGUCGUCGCCACCCGCCUCCUUCAGGCGUAUGCUUGCCAAACAUCCCCUUCUUCGCUAACCGACGCUCGACAGCUCUUCGAUCAGAUCCCUUCUUCCUCCCGCGACACAUUCCUAUGGGCAGCCAUGAUCUCCGCGUACGCCCGCUCAAACAUUCCAAUUGCCGCCAUCCACCUUCUCUCCGAUCUCCUUCGCCUCCCAUCCACUCUCUCCCCUCUUUCCUUUGCAUUUGCAUCCGCCGCCCGCUCCGCUGCCGCCGUCGGCGACCCAUUCCUUGCUCGCUCCCUCCACGCCCAGAUAAUCCGUCGUCAAAUCACACCCAACGUUGUUGUCUCCACCUCCCUCGUCGACAUGUAUUCUAAAUGCAACUCAUUGGGUUUUGCACAGAAGGUGUUCGAGGAGAUGCCCGAAAGAAAUGUCAUUACCUGGAACACUAUGCUAGCCGCUUAUGCAACUUGUGGCAAGGCCAUUCCCGCUCUUGAGCUUUUCUACAGUGUUAAAUGCGAUUUAGGGGCUGAUGAGUUUGCUGUUGCCAGUGGCUUGACUGCUUGUGCUGCACUCAAUGACCUGAGAUCGGGAAUGCAAAUUCAUGGCUUCUCUGUGGCUGCAGGGUUUGAAAUAGAUCCAACUGUUGCAAAUGCCACGGCUAAGAUGUACUUCAAGUGCAGUGAAGUUGGCUCUGCUGAGAGGGCAUUGGAAGGGAGAGAACUUUGUUUGCUGUCUAAGCUUUUGAUGAUUAAAGGUUAUGUCUUUAAUGAAAAAUAUGCUGAUGCGGUGAGGAGCAUUAGUCAAAGUGAUGGUUUUGUGGAGCUUUUCAUUGAGGAUCAUAGCAUUGCUGUUUCUGUUUUAAGUGCUGCUGCAAAUCUUGGGUUUCUCCAUAUGGGGAAGAAGGUCCAUGGAGUUAUCCUCACACUUGGUUAUUAUAGAAGGUUGUGUUCAGUGGAGAUUGAUGACACCUUCAUUGUUAGUGCUUUAAUUGACAUGUACUCGAGGUGCUCUAGCAUCAGUGAAGCUUGGAUGGUUUUCCAUAAUUUGAAGGAGAGAGAUAUAUCUCAUUGGAAUGCGUUGAUGUCAGGGUGCAUCUCUAAUGGCUGGCUUCAAGAUGCCUGUGGCUUGUUUGAUAGAAUGCCUAUUAAGAAUGUGAUCUCAUGGACAUCCAUGAUUUCUGGAUAUGUGCAGAAUGGAUCACCAAGAAAAGGUUUAGAGUUGUUGGCCAAAUUUUAUAACGGUGAAGGCUUGGUUAGAGGAAACUCCUUCACCUUUGCAACUGCUCUUGAUGCCUGUAGCAGCCUUGCAGCUUUGGAUGCAGGUAAACAGAUACAUGUUCAGGUGCUAAAAACUCUUAGUGGAGAUUUAAGCAGUAAUUAUAUUGUGGAAACAGCAUUAGUUGACAUGUAUUCUAGAUCAGGUAACCUAGUUUAUGCACGAAGAAUCUUCAAUAAAAUGCAGAUGAUGAAUGCUUUAUCUUGGACAUCAAUGAUUACUGCUUAUGCUACACAUGGGUUUGCUUCAGAAGCCAUUGAAGUUUUUGAAAAUAUGAUAAGAAAUGAUUUUGUUCCAAAUGAGGUGACAUUUGUGUCUGUCCUGAGUGCUUGUAAUCAUUGUGGUUUGAUUGAGCAAGGGAUGCAAUAUUUUAACUUAAUGAAGGAGAGGUAUGGUAUUUCUCCUAGAGCUGAUCAUUUUGCUUGUCUGGUUGAUAUGUUAGGACGGGCAGGAAAGCUUGUGGAAGCUCAAAGAGUUUUAGAGAGUAGAAAUGCUUUGGAAAUGAAAUCAGAUAAAAAAUGUAGUGUAGGCAGUGAUAACGAUGCUACUAUAUGGGGUGCAUUGCUUGGGGGAUGUACGAUAUAUGGAAAUUUGGAGAUGGGGAGGAAGGUGGCUAAGGAGAUGAUAAAUAGAAAGCAUCAAAUUUCAGGAACUUUUGUUAUCUUGUCUAAUUUCUAUGCGUCUUCAGGAAAAUGGGAAGCCGUAUAUAAUCUUAGGGAGGACUGGAAGUGGCAGGGCUUUGCUCAAAAGCCAGGGUGUAGUAAGUUGGGAACUUGCCAGCCGAGCUGGUGGGAAGAUUGUUCCGUGCUUCAAAGCAUAAGGAUUGAAAAACAAUUUGUGGUCAGAAGAAUGCAAGAAAGUUUUUGUGCAGCUGAAGAAAUACUUGAUGUUCCUGUUUUUCCUGAUAAGUCCAAAGCCGGAAUUGAUGCUGAAGUUGAACCUUUGAGACGAGGAGAAGGCCGUCUUUUUGGUUCUAUUAAGAGGGGAAGCCAAUAA